GAUAGUGAAUUUUUUUUAAUUUUUUGGACAUUCUCGUCUUCUCCCACCCGUCGCCCCCCCGUCGGACGAGGCCGGAGUCGGAGGUCCCAUGGCAACACGUCGUCCGUCCUCCGUCGUCCGUAGAACCCUUGCCUAGAGCUCGUUCCCUGAUGACCAUCGAGUGGCCAGUCUCCUGUGAGAUCCGGGAUGUGCCACAACGUCCACGCAUGGACGCACGUCCGUUACAUGAGGUCACGCAUCGACUUUUAUUGGAUUCGGCUUGGUAUCGGACCACGAUAUUUGAAAACCAGACGGGUUGUACGAGGCGGAUAUAUAGCCCAGACCCCUGGGAUUAUGUCUGGACCACUGGUGGGCUGAUUGAAUGGAUGGCAAUGUUUGUCAGCCCACUAAAUUUUCUUUUUCUUUUGCAAUUGGUUUUCCUUCCUGUAAUAAAAGACGGAUUGGAAAAGCUUCGUCCCCACGCCCACGUGGAGUCCCAAAGUUCUCUCAUAAGAGGCAAAUACCUGGAGAAACCAGAGAACCGCUAACGCUUCAUAACACAACCACAACCACAACCUUUACCCCUCGACAUCAUUCAUUCAUACGAGUCAGCAUUCAUCGGCCUGCGGCCUCCUAUAUUCUCACGAGACUCAAUCGACUCAAUCUCCCCUAACCCCGCUUACU